CCUCUCCUUCUAUCUCCCUCUCCCUCACAUGAAGCAGCCGCCCCCAUCGGAUUCCUUCAUCGCUGGCCACUUGCAACAGCUCCGGCCGGCGGUCUUGUCUCCCGUUCUCUCUUGUGGCGUGCACGAAGAUCCAGCGAGCGACUGGUGAACGUCUAGUCUCCCGUUCUCUCAUUCUCUCUAAGGCCCUGGCUCAACUGGUCAGGGGUCGAUGUGACUCGAAGGAUUAGUUUUGGAGAGCUUGUGUGGGCUAAAUAAAUAUGAGAGUUUAGAGAGAUCAGUAUCCGAUUCUGUCCAAGUGUAAAGGCGGUAUGAAAAAAGAUUCCGGGUGCUAAAUUAUCACUGUAUGUUUUUUCAAGCUUGAGGAUAUGAAAUAGUUCUUCUGUUUUCGGGCUUUCAUCAAUUACUCUAUAAGCUAUGACAUUUCUGCUCCUAAAAGUUGUUCGACAUUUAUCUCGAAGAAUCUUAGCUAGAGAUUUAACUGCUCAAACCCAUGUAGGGAAGAAGUUUAUCUUGUUUGAUGGGAAAGAUGCCAAUAUAAACCGUCUUUGUAAUGACAAGAAGUUCAAAGAGGCUAUAGACAUUCUCUGUGAGAAAAGAUGUUUAAGAGAGGCGGUUCAAUUGCUCUAUCACAUAGAGAAACCGUAUGCUUCCAUAUACUCGACUUUAUUACAAUUUUGUCUUCAACAACGAGCUCUUGAAGAAGGUAAACAAGUCCAUGCCCACAUCAAAGCCUCUGGGUUCAUACCUGGAAUUUACAUUUCAAAUCGUUUGCUUGAUAUGUAUGCUAAAUGUGGGAGUUUGGUGGAUGCCCAGAAAGUAUUUGAUGAAAUGGUCGCAAGGGAUUUGUGUUCCUGGAAUACCAUGAUUUCUGGUUAUGUCCAAGGGGGGCAUUUUGAUAAGGCUAGAAAUUUGUUUGACAAAAUGCCUGAGAGAGAUAGCUUUUCUUGGACCGCAAUUAUUAAUGGUUGUGUUCGACAUAACCGUCCUGAAGAGGCGUUAGAGUUGUAUAGAUUGAUGCAAAAGCAUGAGAACUCAAAAUCCAACAAGUUUACUGUAUCUAGUGCAGUGGCUGCCUCAGCAGCUAUUCCAAGUUUACAAAUGGGAAAGGAGAUGCAUGGUCAUAUUAUGAGAAUGGGGUUGGAUUCAGAUGAGGUAGUUUGGAGCUCCCUAUUGGAUAUGUAUGGGAAAUGUGGAAGUAUAGAGGAAGCUAGAUACAUUUUUGACAAAAUGGUGGAAAAAGAUGUUGUUUCAUGGACAACGAUGAUUGGUAGGUACCUCGAAGAUGGGAGGAGAGAAGAGGGAUUUGCUUUAUUUAGACGCUUAAUGAGUUCGAAAAUCAAACCGAAUGAGUUCACAUUUGCUGGUGUCUUGAAUGCUUGUGCUGAUCACGCAGCCGAGGAUUUGGGUAAGCAAAUUCAUGCCUUCAUGAUUCGUGUAGGAUUCAAUCCAUUUUCAUUUGCAGCAAGCGCUCUUGUUCAUAUGUAUUCCAAGUGUGGGAACAUCGAGAAUGCCAAGAGUGUGUUCGAAGGAAUGCCCCGACCCGAUUUGGUUUCAUGGACUUCGUUAAUUGUUGGUCAUGCACAAAACGGUCGACAUGAUGAGGCCCUCCAUUUCUUUGAAUUGCUACUUAAAUCAGGCACUAAGCCAGAUCAUAUUACUUUUGUUGGAGUUUUGUCUGCUUGUACUCAUGCUGGGUUAGUCGAUAAGGGACUUGAGUAUUUUCACUCCAUCAAGGAAAAACAUGGUUUGUCACAUACUGCUGAUCACUAUGCUUGUAUAAUCGACUUAUUGGCCCGUGCUGGCCGGUUUACAGAAGCCGAGAGCUUAAUUAACAAAAUGCCUAUGAAGCCAGAUAAGUUUUUAUGGGCUUCUUUACUUGGUGGCUGUAGAAUACAUGGAAACCUUGAACUAGCAGAAAGAGCAGCAAAAUCUUUAUUUGAAAUAGAGCCUGAGAAUCCAGCCACUUAUAUUACCCUAGCCAAUAUAUAUGCCACUGCUGGGAAGUGGGCUGAAGAAGCAAAGAUCAGAAAGGCCAUGGAGAACAGGGGAAUAGUGAAGAAGCCUGGUUUGAGUUGGAUUGAGAUCAAGAGAGAGGUUCACGCAUUCACUGUCGGGGAUAACUCGCAUCCGAAGUCGAAGGAAAUACUCGAGUAUUUGGCCGAGCUCUCAAAGAGAAUGAAGGAAGUUGGCUAUGUACCUGAUACGAACUUUGUACUACACGAUGUGGAAUUGGAGCAGAAAGAACAAAACCUUUCUUACCACAGCGAGAAACUUGCAGUUGCAUUUGGAAUCAUUUCAACCCCUACAGGUACGCCAAUCAAGAUUUUCAAGAAUCUAAGAACUUGUGUAGAUUGUCAUAAUGCAAUUAAGUUUAUUUCGAAGAUCACAGAGAGAAAAAUAACUGUGAGAGAUUCAAAUAGAUUUCAUUGUUUUGAAGCUGGUAGCUGUUCAUGCAAGGAUUACUGGUGAAUUUCUUGUAGACUUAGCUUCCAAGUACAUUAUUGUUCCUCAUAACAUAAUAGAUUGUAGUAAUGAUUGGUUGCCAUUUGUUAA